AUGGAAAUAAGCCCAGAAUUAAAUUUUGAUUUAAAAACAGAUGCGACAGAUCCUGGUAGUGCCUCGUUCUCUGAUUCUGGCGUGAGCAGCACAUUUUCUUUUAAAACUAAUGCAAGUGCUUCGGUUUCAAUUAUUCCCUCUCCCCCAUUAUCUGGGUUUCCUGGUUGUAUGGAAUCUAAUGGUUCUCCAUCAGUUGACCAGUCAUAUUUAAACUUUCAAAAUAAAACAUACUCAGGAUUUUCAGACAGUAACAAUCUACCUAUGUCGGCUAAUCAUCAAUAUCCUAUACCUUCCAGACAAUCUUUUCCUCAGGGUUUUUUAUCUAGUCCCCCAUCAGCAUAUUCUGUAAGUUACACAUCUCCACAUGUCUCGAAUUCAUUUUAUCAACGUCAAGUUCCAUCCACACUUUGUUCAGCUCCGAGCAGUAAUUUCAAUAUACCACCACAACUUUUCCCUCCAGAAAUGGUACAAACUUCUAUGUCUUUGAACAGAGAUCAACACAAUGGUUCAUUAGAAAACCACUUCAUUCAAAAUCGUGACCAUAGUCAGUUUCCGUUUUCAGAUCACUUCCAUAAUUCUGAUUUACGACCUCUUCAUAUCACAACCUCACCUCGUCAGUUGGGACCUCACAAUAGCAAUACUAAUUUCGGUGACGUUACUUGUGCGGAUUCUAUGGGUAAAAUUUCUCCUCAGGACUCACCAAAUGGUGUGCCUGGAAACUGUGAUCAUCCUUCAACAGCUUGUGGAGCUGUAACAUCUGGUCCUGGUUCAAUGGGUAACUGUAGAGCGUCAAGACCUGUGGAACGUGGUUCUGAAGUUUCUGCAGCCGACAGCAAUUCUAACGUUGGGUCCAUUAAAGCUACUUUUACCCCAUGCAAGGUCUGUGGUGACAAAGCUAGUGGUUAUCAUUAUGGUGUGAUUUCCUGCGAGGGCUGUAAAGGUUUCUUUCGUCGAAGUAUUCAAAAGCAAAUCGAGUAUAAGUGUUUAAGAGAUGGAAAGUGUCUUGUGAUACGCCUAAAUCGUAACCGUUGUCAGUAUUGUCGUUUCCGUAAGUGUCUUGCUGCCGGUAUGUCUAAAGACAGUGUACGUUAUGGUCGAAUGCCAAGACGAGCACGUGGUCCUGAUUGUGGUAGAGAUGGUCCCGAGGCUAGUAUGGUAAUGCAGCAGCAUAAUUCUGUCCCAAACUCUAUGCGAAUCGAUGCAACAGGUGGAAAUGGUGUUGUAGUUGGGGGACAUGCUUCAGCGUUUAUUCCCCCGCCUUCAGGUAGUUCUGAAAUGCCAAAUAAUUCAGUGCCAUCAACUACUGGUCGUUAUGGAAUUUGUAGUCGACCUACAAAUGAUCAUCUUGGGCUAUAUGAGACUAUACUUACAAUAAGUCAAGCUUAUCAAAACUUCUCUCCGUAUACUGAUGAAAAGAUUAAAUUGAUGAGAUGCAGACCGAUUACUCUGUCGAAUGUUACACGUGAAUUUUGGCCUGAAAAAGUCGACGAGCAUCGUUUACGUAUGCAUGAAGAACUUAGCCAACUGUUAGCCCCAUGUAUACAACAAGUUGUUGAACUGGCGAAACGUAUUCCUGAGUUUAGUUCACUUGGUCAACCAGAUCAGUUGGUGUUAAUUAAAGCAGCAUUUUUUGAAGUAUGGCUUGUACAAGCUUCACGUCUGAUAUCAACACAUGAUCGUAAAAUAACACUGGCUGAUGGAAAACAAAUUACUAAGCAGGAAUUGGAUUUUGUUUAUUCUCCGAGUGUUGUAUGUUCAAUAUUUUCAUUUUCCGAGAAUUUCAAUGCAUUAAUGUUGAAUGAUACAGAGAUAGCAUUGUGUUGCACCGCUGUAAUCACUAAGCCAAAUCGCUAUGGUUUAAUGGAGCCAAACAAGGUAGCUGUAAUACAAGAUCAUCAUUUAGCUGCUCUUCGUAUGCAAUUAGAACGUAAUCGAUCAAGAGAACCAGCUCUUUUUGGACAAGUACGUAAUGUAAUUAGUCAAGUUGCUACAGUUGGUGAUGAAGUGCAAUUAUGCAUGCGUUGGUAUCGGGAGAAUUGGUAUCGUACACGUUUAGCGCCAUUAUAUGCUGAAACCUAUGAUAUUCCACAUGAAGAAACAUCUACUCCAGCUAUGCCUCCACAAGCAGCAGGUACUGGUGCUCAGCAUACAGGCAAUUCAUAUUCUGUGUGUCCAGAUCUUGUAUCUGUUUGCCCACAACCUAUACCAUACGGUGAAGUUACAAAUUCUAACAUCACUUAUGGUUCUUCAUCAUCUUCUUCUUCAGCAGUACCCGUCCCUCAGGCUGUUCACCAUCACUAUCCAAACCAGCCACUUAACAACAGGCCAGACAUACCUAUUAUGGUACCUGGUUCAAUUAAUAAUGAAAAUAUGACUUAUGCUGGUAAUGAUAGAAUUCAAGGUGUUGGUGUUGACCAAUGUGCUUCUGACAGUCAAAUGCAUGUUGUCAAUCAUAAACAAAACAUUCAGCAUCAAAUUCAUCAUCAUCAGCAACAACAACAACAACAGCAUACAGCACACUUAACUCCUGAUUCAUCUCAUCAUCUAAGAAGUUCAUAUUCAUCAUCAACAUCAUCGACAAGUCUAUCCAACAAUUCCGAUUCAUCUUCAGUGAAUCAAUCACGUGGAUUUACCGGACAAUUUAGCUAUCAUGAUACCGCUAUGAAUUUUAAUCCCUCCAACUCAAAUCCUUAUUCAAAUUCUAGAGAAUGCUCUCCUUCUUCAACACAAACAGUUUCAACUAAUUAUUUGGCUCCAUCACCUCAACAACAACCGCCUCAACAACAUCAACGGAUUCAAACGCCAAUCUCUGCAUUACAAUCCUCGCCUCAAUUCUCUUGCCCAGGUACACUUACAUCAUCUCAGCGUCAAAUUGUUAGUUCCACAAUAUCCUCAACUGGGCUGUCAUCAUUACAAAACCAAUCUGAUCAUAUGCAAAUGAAUGA